ACCAGCGCCUGCCAAAAACGUCACUUGGAGGCAUUGUUGCGGUGCACGCACGUGCCUUUGGCGGUUUCGCCCCUUCCACACUUGUGCAACCUGGGCGCUUGAACCCGUUCUUUAUGCUUGAGCUUGAACCUUGAACUACUUUUUGCCCUCUUGUGACCGGCAAUACGUUCUGCGCGCUUGGUGACGCGUCGCGUUUGCGCCUUUGCGAAAGCAUUGACGAAAGUAGCAGACAUGUUUGGGACCGGUGCUCUCCGCAAUGAUCCCCGUGGAACUUGAACGGUCGACCCUUCACUUGUCCAGACUUCCGCAACAUAUUUUUACCCAAGAAGAGCGAGCGCAAUGACACGGAAUGGGUGGUACGCAAAACAAAAUGUUCAGGAGCUCUGUCGAGUGCGUAUGCGCUGCGUCGAAUGCACUGGCCAUUCUUGAAACCUGUCCCCUAGUGUUACUUUAGUAGUACUGCAGCUGUGGCUGCAUACCAUUACACAGAUCUGAUUUUCCUGCUUAUAAUCGAAUGCGGCACUUGUGCUAGGUGGGAUCUAGCGCUCAAUGAAGUCGAGGCUUACCUACUACACGGUUUUAGGAUAGUUGGUCUGUCCGCGUACUUGCCUUUCUGUUCAAACAACUACUAUUUGAAUCUCAAGUGAGAAUGGCAGAAUGUAGCAGAGAUCCAAACCAUGGACGAUCGCGACGCAUUCCAUGUGUACAGGGAUGGUUGUCAAUCCCUGCCAGGCACAUUUUUGCCCUCUUGGGCUUUCUUGCCCUCGUGAAUGUCUACACUCUCAGAGUGAGCCUAAGCGUGGCUAUUGUGGCAAUGGUGAAGCAUCCCGCAGAAGGGGUGGUCACUGUAAAUGGAACAAGCUUCAUCAAUUAUACCCAGUGCCAACCAGACGAUGAUUAUCAUUUGACCACUUCUGAUCCACCAGCAGGGCAGCGUGGUGAUCAGGCGGAGCGCUUUGACUGGGAUGCCCAGGUGCAAGGCCUGGUGCUGGGAUCCUUCUUCUAUGGCUACAUCUUGACAGUGCUGCCAGGAGGUGUGCUGGCUGAACAGUUUGGGCCGAAGUGGCUCAUUGGCCUUGGUGUUGUCAUCACCAGCCUGCUGUCCAUGGUGCUGCCCGCAGCUGCACAUGCCCACCACCUGAUUGUGGUUGCCAUCCGCAUACUUCAGGGUCUGGCGGAGGGGGUUGUGUUCCCUGCCAUGCACACCAUGAUUGCAUUAUGGACGCCGAUCACUUCUCGGAGCCGUGUCAUCUCGAUCGUGCAGUCUGGCUCUGAUGUUGGUGCUGUGGUUGCCAUGAUGGCAUCUGGUGUUCUAGCUGAAUCGACAUUUCUUGGUGGCUGGCCAUCUAUUUUUUAUAUCUUUGGCUUUGCAGGUAUUAUCUGGUUUAUAGCCUGGUGUUUACUGGCAUAUGACACACCUAGCCAGCACCCCAGAAUCUCAAGAGAAGAACUGGAGUUCAUUAUUGCCAACCAGGGAAAUGAACAGGCACAGCUGAAGCGGAAGGUUCCAUGGCUCAAGAUAUUGCUGUCCAUCCCUGUUUGGUCGAGCGUCCUCUCACACUUUGGCUUCAAUUGGAUUCACUAUAUUUUUCUCUCUGAAAUGCCCACAUACCUGACAUCAGUGCUGCAUUACAGCCUCGGAGCAAAUGGAUUGCUUUCUGCAGUCCCCUACGUGCUCGGGGCCUUCCUGUGUUGUGUAGCCAGCCUAGUGGCCGAUGUCUUUCGAAAACGUGGCACCAUGUCUAUCACCAACAACAGGAAGCUGUUCAAUAGCUUAGGUGUACUGGUGCCUGGCCUAUUCCUGUUGCUGGUGCCCUGGGCUGGCUGCAAUGGUUUCUGGAACAUGGUACUACUUGCCAUUGCAGGUGGCUUUCACGGAAUGGGGCAUAGCGGUUUUAUGGCUGCCUUUGUUGAUCUUGCACCAGACUUUGCAGGUACCCUUCUGGGAAUAUCCAAUGUAAUUGCCAGCAUUCCCGGAAUUGCCAUACCAGCCAUGCUAGGUGAACUGCUCCAGGAACAGAGUCCCCUGGAAGCGUGGGCACUGUUUUACUACAUAGGGAGUGCAAUAGGCAUAAUCACAGCCCUGGAGUUUAUCCUGCUUGGCUCAGCAGAACUGCAGAGUUGGGGAGUUGACACAAAGUUCAAGGUUGUCGUUAGCUACGGCACUUCUCAAUCCAUCCAUCUUGGAGCUGAACCAACAGGGGACGACAACCAGUCGCCUCCUACAAGCUAGUGCUUGUAGCAGAUUUCACAAUACAGGGCGCAUCUUCUUUAUAACACUUGAUAACAUGUGCAUUAUUGUAUAGUGUGUGUGUACCACAUCUUUGCAUUUGUCGCUCAUGUGGUAAACAGGCCAGUAACUGUGGUCCAUUAGGAUGGCUGUACAAGCUUUUACAGAUUUGUGUGGCAUAUUCUUGCUUUUGCAAGCUGCAAUGUGCGGUCUCUACAGUUCCGGGCACUGUUUCAUGUGAUGGUUAUUACUAAGGACUUUUGAAAUAUUGUACAGUGCCGAAUCAAUGAAAUGUGAUAACUCAUGUUAAUUUAAUGGGCUGCUUCCCAUUUGUGACUAAAGUAAGGUAAAGGUUUUGCUCGCUGUGUCCUAAAGCAAUAGUUUCUGCGGCAUCACAACAUAUACCAAUAGCAGACUGCUCAAGUUAUUGCUUUCAUUUGUUGAGCACUGUAUUCACAUGCAACAGAUGCCUGGACUUGGCAUGACCAUUCAUGCCUGUGCUGCAACUUAACUUACCACUAAUACAUAAACAAGCAGCCCGAGUUGGUUUAUCAUAAUUGCUUUGUCACCCUCUCGUGAUUGAUCAUAUGAAACUUUUUUUGCUGGCUUUUAUGUCAAGUUUGUUUACCUGUCAUGACAUUUUAGCUUGAAAGCUGCAUUUCUUGGUUUGAUGAGUCUUCCCGGCCUGUUUCCCUAAUUAUUUACCCUGAACAUGUUUCAUACAUCUGCAGCUCUUGUACAAUGUUUAAGAAGUUAUCAUUGUGGCUUGAACUGUGAUAUGCCUACAAGCCACGAGGACCAAGGGGCCUUAUAGUGUGCUGUACUUUAAACAAGCUUUCCUUUUUGUACAAGAUUGUUACUUUAGAAAAAGAGGUAAAAGAAUUAUUGUUUAUAAUUUUAUAUGUUUGUUGGGCGAUGCAUUGCACUUAUUAUCGCUUUGGGUCCAUCAGCUUAUGUGAAAGAUAUCGAGUGUACUCUGUGCCCGCUGAGCGUUCUGCUUGAAUAUUUCUGUUCCAGGUAUUAUUUUUGUGAUGAUUGUGAAGUCUAGAAGUCUUACUAGUAUUAGUUUGGUGGAAGUCAUUGUGGAGAAAAUACUAACUCCUCACAGUUGAAGAAAGCAGCCUGUACUUGAAAAACGCAGUCUGCAGCUCCUCUGCUUUUAAUGCAGAGCUGGUCCCACAACUUGUCUUUUUUUUUUUUUUUGCCUCAGACUUAGUGCUUUAUGCUGUGGGAAAAUCUGAACUUUUCCAUGGCUCUCAGCAACCUGGAACAAUUUUUAGUUGACUGUACCAGUUGCAGUGGUUCUCGCCUAGUUGUUUUGGGGUUUAUGCUAUUGGGUAAUGAAAGCAAGCACUUGACUGAAGUUCCAUGGGGCUGGUUUUGUUAACGGUGCCACACUGUGAUGAUGGUAAGAAAAGGUGAAAGGUCAGGUGUGAGAAGUUGCAAGCCAUUAAAUUCACUACAAAUUCCUGAUUUUGUUGCAUGCUUUUCUUCACUUCAUUGUUGCUUUCAUACAGGGAUAUGCAAUGUGAAAGAGAGAUCUACAGUUUAUAUCUUUGGUUUAAUUCAUAGGUGUCCCUAUUGUGUGGCUUUAAGCCCAUAGGUGUUUUUGAUUUUUUGUUCUCUUUUGGUCUUAGUUCUAAUCUGUUUUUGGAGGUAUAUGGGAGGAUUUAAAUAUUGCUUUGUCAGAGUGGUAUUUAUUGUAUUAUCAGACAUGUGUACAGGUGCUCUAAGCUCCACUUGCACAGAACUGAUAUGUCAUCUAAAAAGUGCCUUUUUCUACUUAUAAUGACAAUAUAUGAAGCUUAUACAUGAUGAGCUGAAACUUGUUUACAUUGAAAAAGGAGUGGGCAGUGCCAUGUUUUCUCCGCUUUUAUGAGCAUUUAUGAACAAAAUCACAAAUGGAAUCCUUCAGGGAGUGUGCUGCUAUUCCCAUAUCAAAGUUUACUAUGUGUACACUGAUGGUUGAAAACAACAAUAUUGUAAGUACUAACCAGUUUCACAGGCAGCAUCUCAACAAAUUUUAUGCAAACUAUGCUGGUGCACUUGUUGAACACUUGCACAGUUGUUGAUAAGCUGAGUUUGUUAAGCACCCAACAUGAUUUACACUGUAUUUAUAUUCAUUAACAUUGUGGCUGUAUUUGUUGUUCUAGUGAUUAUACACUGCCACAGUCAGCACAAAACCGGUUAUUAGUCAUAUUAUGCAAACAUUUAAUGAAGUUUCUUACCUCAAGCAACUUAUUUGUUGUGUGCAGAUACGGUUGCAUUAUUUUUAGUAGUAGCUACACCACCAAUUUAAGUGCCAAAUGAAAGUGUGUAAACCAGAUGUCAAAUUAUAAAACUUUUUUAUUGCUGUGCAUUUGUGCUUUUUGUACUCUAUGGUAUUGAAAUGCAGCAGUCUGACUUUUUAAUUGCUGCCAUUUAUGCAAUAAAGCUUUGAAGACCUGUUAAAGUGUU